AGAUAAGUUAUGAAAGGAGAAAAGAAGAACGUAACUAAAUGAGUCAACGAUGUCACACCGAAUUAAAGAUAUCAAGAACGUAAUCAUAUACGUCAAUGUAUGCCCCCACCUUUAAGUAUUUAUAAGUAGCUCUUCACUCUAAAUAGCUCACCGAUCAUACUCAUUUCUAUAACGUAUAUCCAUUCUGUACCAAGCAACAAAUUAAAGUUGAACAACAAUUGAAAAUAGAAAUGGCAAGACAACCUGAAUUUGAGCAUUCUAAGAAAGCCUUUGGUUGGGCAGCUAGAGACACUUCUGGUGUUCUCUCCCCUUUUAAUUUCUCUAGAAGGAAAACAGGCGAAAAAGAUGUAACCUUCAAAGUAUUGUACUGUGGUAUAUGUCAUUCAGACCUUCAUAAGGCAAAGAAUGAUUGGGGUACUACCCACUAUCCUCUAGUUCCCGGGCAUGAAGUUGUUGGCAUAGUUACGGAGGUGGGAAGCAAAGUGAGAAAAUUCAAAAUUGGGGACAGAGUGGGCGUGGGAUGUUUGGUUGAUUCUUGUCAAUCAUGCGAAAAUUGUGCUAAUAAUCUCGAGAAUUAUUGUCCCCAAUUCACACUCACUGAUGGUUCCAAAAAUAGUGAUGGAACCACUACAUAUGGUGGUUACUCUGAUUCAAUGGUUUCAGACGAACAUUUUGUAUUCAACAUUCCAGAUGUGUUACCUCUUGAUGUUGCAGCGCCUCUACUUUGUGCUGGCAUAACUGUUUAUAGUCCUCUUAGAUAUUUUGGACUCGACAAACCUGGUCUUCAUAUAGGUGUUGCUGGUCUUGGUGGUCUUGGUCAUAUGGCUGUCAAAUUUGCUAAAGCUUUUGGUGCUUAUGUCACUGUAAUUAGUACUUCACCUUACAAACAAAAUGAAGCAAUACAACACUUGGGAGCUGAUUCAUUUCUAAUAAGUCGUGAUCAAGAUCAGACGAAGGUUGCAAUGGGUAGUUUAGAUGGUAUAAUCGACACAAUUUCAGCAGAUCAUCCUCUGUUACCUCUGAUUGGUUUACUGAAGUCUCAUGGAAAGCUUGUAAUGGUUGGUGCACCAGAAAAGCCACUAGAGCUUCAUGUUUUUCCUUUACUUGCAGGGAGAAAGAUAGUAGCUGGAAGUUUAAUUGGAGGGAUAAAGGAGACUCAAGAAAUGAUUGAUUUUGCAGCACAAAAUAAUGUUAAGCCUGACAUUGAAGUCAUUCCUAUUGAUUAUGUCAAUACAGCAAUGGACCGUCUUGCUAAAGCUGAUGUCAAAUAUCGUUUCGUCAUUGAUAUUGGAAACACUCUGAAACCGACUUCUUGAUUUUUGCUGAGGAUAUUCAAAUAUUUCAAAGAAUGAUUUAGUGGUCAAAGAUAUUUAAUAAAAUGUAGGGAUUAAAGAAAGAAUAAAGUCAAAAGUAGAUAUUUUAUAGAGAAUAUAUAUAACCAAAGUUAAAAAUAAUGUAUAACAUUCACAUUUUAAUGUAUCACUUGCCAAGGACAUUUUAUAAUUGCAUGUUUAUUGUUUUUCA